GCGCCUGCGCGUCCCCUCCCCCCCUAGUGUCAGGUGCAGACUGGAAACAAGGAAGCGUUACGUCGUGUGAGUGAGGGAGUUCUACGUAAAGAUAGUGUGGGAGCCGGUGGAGAGAAGAUGAACACGCGCGCGCCGGCAGUCUGAUGUAACCGUGACAAUGCUUUGAGGACGAUACAGGAAGAGGAUAAGAGAGAGAGAGAAAGGCGGAAGAGCCGAGCCCGCCUUGACAGUCUCUGUAUGAAUGUGUGUUUAAGUGUUCCAACACCAGGGGUUUUGAUCGAUUGCUGGGACCGAGCCCUCCGCCCAUCCGUGACUGAGUCCUUUACUUGUCCGUGUCUGAAUCCUCCACCGCCAUGUCCCUGCUGACCCACGUCCUCGCCUGCCUGUUCGGCAUGGGCUCCUGGGUGGCCAUCAACGGCAUGUGGGUGGAGCUCCCCCUGGUGGUGCCGGAGAUCCCCGAGGGCUGGUACCUGCCCUCCUACCUCACCGUGCUCAUCCAGAUGGCCAACGUGGGGCCUCUCUUCGUCACCCUCAUGCACCGCUUCCGCCCGGGCAGCCUGGACGAGCGGCCGGUCAUCUACGUCAUCGUGAGCCUGGGCAUCGUGGCCACCUUCCUGCUGGCGUUCUUCUGGAGGUACUCCAUGCCGGUAGGGGGCGCCGAGCGCAGCGUGCCGCUACUGGUGCUCAGCUUCCUGCUCUCCGUGGUGGACUGCACCUCCUCCGUCACCUUCCUCCCUUUCAUGACCAGGCUCCGCCCACAGUACCUCACCACGUACUUUGUAGGGGAGGGGCUUAGCGGCUUGGUCCCCGCCCUGGUGGCUCUCAUACAGGGGGUCGGCGUGGUCCAGUGCCGGAACGUGACGAGCAUGGCCAAUUGGGUGCAAGACAACGCCACGGCGGUAGCCCAUGGGGAUCUGGUGGCCCACUACCUACCGGCGAACUUCUCGGCGCAGACUUUCUUUGUGUUCCUCAGCGCCAUGAUGGCGGUGUGCCUGGCCUCCUUCGUGCUGCUCAACCACCACCCGGCCGUGGCCCGGGAGAGGAAAGGCGACCGCUACCUCACCGGCGGCGUGGGCGGUGUGGGCGGGGAGAGGAAGGAGCCGGCCGUGGCGUUGCACCCCUCCGCUCCGGAGGAGAAGCCCAUGCUCAGUGCGACGGAGGGCCCCCGGAGGGCGCCGCGGGGCUCCUUCGGGGCGGGAACCUACUGCGGGGCCGAGGUGGCGUUCAUUUUUGGGGUGCUGGCGUGGGUGAACGCGCUGACCAACGCCGUGCUGCCGUCUGUGCAGUCCUACUCCUGUCUUCCCUACGGGAACCAGGCGUACCACCUGGCUGCCACCAUGGCUGCUGUAGCCAAUCCUGUGGCCUGCUUCAUUGCGAUGUUCCUGCCGCUCAGGUCUCUGGUUCUGAUGGGUGUUCUGACAGUGCUGGGGACUGGGUUUGGGGCCUACAUCAUGGCCAUGGCUGCUCUGAGUCCCUGCCCUCUGCUGGUCCACAGCCAAUCAGGAACAGUCCUAAUCGUGCUAGCCUGGAUCCUGUUUGUGCUGACUCUGUCCUACGUCAAGGUGAUCAUCGGCGUGAUCCUGCGCGACGAGGGCCACAGCGCCCUCGUGUGGUGCGGGGCGGUGGUGCAGCUGGGCUCCAUGCUGGGUGCCCUGUCUAUGUUCCCUCUGGUCAGCGUCUAUGGACUGUUCAGGUCAGGGGAUCCCUGCAACACCAAGUGUUUCCAGUAGAACUGGGGGAGAAACGCUCGCACUGUGGCAAACACUGGAUGUGGAUUCCUGUGUGAGGGUUUGUUAUGUGAAGUUCUGUUUCAGGAUUGUUGUGUACUACUGUACCAUUACAGCAAAUACUAUCAAAAAUCCCAGAUGCACUUAAUUCCCUUUUAAACCUAUGAAACCAAAUGAGCAAAACGAGCAGUGCAGUCUCAAAGGUUAAAUCAAAACGGUGUUAAAUACUUUUGUGUAUUUGUUUUCAUGUUUUUACACCGGUCUUCUGUUCAUGUGAGCAACUCGACACUGUGUGUCUCAGUUGUUUAACUUCUACAAACGGUAUAUUUGUUUUGUAUGAAAGCACAGGACCAGACCAGACAUCUUGUAAAUACUUAAGGCCGCACUACAGCUCCUUCUCUAAAGAAACAAUUCCUGUUACUUGAAGUCUAAUCUCAAAUGUUGUGUCCGAAAAGUAAACUUCUAGCUUGCUAAUAUGUUACCAUAGUAACUUAAACAGUGCCUUAUUUAAAAACUGUCUAAAAUGUUAGAUGUCGACUGCUAAAAUAUUUUUUGUAUUGUUUACAAUUUGUUUCUGGUUACGUGGUUUUAAAAAGUUGCUUCUUUUGAUCAUAUGCACUAUGAUGUUACAUACACGUCAUGUAAAUAAAGACAGUUAAUGAA